AUGGACGAGGACCGGUACGGUCAUGACGUGCUCGGCGAGACGCUGGUGAUGUUGGACGGCCUGGUGGACGGCCGCCGUCAGCAAUACAGCAGACUGCUGCUCCCCUCACCGGCAGCGGUGCUGCUGGACUCGGAGCCGGCGCCGUUCCGCGGCCGACUUUUGCUGUCGCUCAAGUACGUCACGACGCGUCACACGCUGGUGGUGGGCGUGAUGCGGUGCGCCGACCUGCCCGCCCUGGACGCUGGCGGCCUCGCCGACCCUUUCGUCAAAGUGCAUCUGACGCCCGGUGGCGGCAAACACAAGACGGCUGUUCAGCGGAAGACUCUGAAUCCCGAGUUCAACGAAGAGUUCAGCUUCUGUUGUCGUCGCACCGACUUACCGCGGCACACCCUCGAUAUCCGGGUUUACGACAAGGACAUCGGAAGGAGUAACGAUUAUAUAGGCGGCCUGAAGCUGUCCAUAGACUCUCACGGCGAGCGGCUGCGCCACUGGUUCGACGCGCUUAAGUACCCGGACACGCGCCACGACCGCUGGCACCUCAUCAGCGCCGAGCACCAGUCGGCGGCCGUGUAG